AUGACCUGCUGGCUGUGCGUCCUGAGCCUGCAGCUCCUGCUCCUGCCUGCGGCCCCGCCCCCGGCGGGGGGCUGCCCAGCUCGCUGCGAGUGCGCAGCGCAGACGCGCACGGUGGCCUGUGCCCGGCGCCGGCUGACCGCCGUGCCGGACGGCAUCCCGGCGGAGACGCGCCUGCUGGAGCUCAGCCGCAACCGCAUCCGCUGCCUGAACCCAGGCGACCUGGCUGCCCUGCCGCUGCUGGAGGAGCUGGACCUGAGCGAGAACGUGAUCGCGCACGUGGAGCCCGGCGCCUUCGCCAACCUGCCGCGCCUGCGCGUCCUGCGCCUGCGCGGCAACCUGCUCAAGCUCAUCCCGCCGGGGGUGUUCACGCGCCUGGACAACCUCACGCUGCUGGACCUGAGCGAGAACAAGCUGGUCAUCCUCCUGGACUACACGUUCCAGGACCUGCGAAGCCUCCGCCGGCUGGAGGUGGGCGACAACGACCUGGUGUUCAUCUCGCGCCGGGCCUUCGCGGGGCUGCUGGCGCUGGAGGAGCUGACCCUGGAGCGCUGCAACCUCACCGCGCUGUCGGGGGAGUCGCUGGGCUACCUGCGGGGCCUGGGCGCCCUGCGGCUGCGCCACCUGGCCAUCGCGGCUCUGGAGGACCAGAACUUCCGGCGGCUCCCCGGCCUGCUGCACCUGGAGAUUGACAACUGGCCGCUGCUGGAGGAGGUGGCCCCGGGCAGCCUGCAGGGCCUCAACCUGACCUCGCUGUCGGUCACCCACACCAACAUCACCGCGGUGCCCGCCGCCGCGCUGCGCCACCAGGCCCACCUCACCUGCCUCAACCUGUCGCACAACCCCAUCAGCACCGUGCCACGCGGGUCCUUCCGAGACCUGAUCCGCCUGCGCGAGCUGCACCUGGCCGGGGCCCUGCUGGCCGUGGUCGAGCCCCAGGCCUUCCUGGGGCUGCGCCAGAUCCGUCUGCUCAACCUCUCCAACAACCUGCUGUCCACGCUGGAGGAGAGCACCUUCCACUCGGUCAACACGCUGGAGACGCUCCGCGUGGACGGGAACCCGCUGGCCUGCGACUGUCGCCUGCUGUGGAUCGUGCAGCGCCGCAAGACCCUCAACUUCGACGGGCGGCUGCCGGUCUGCGCCACCCCCGCCGAGGUGCGCGGGGACGCGCUGCGCAACCUCCCGGACUCGGCGCUCUUCGAGUACUUCGUGUGCCGCAAGCCCCAGAUCCGGGAGCGGCGGCUGCAGCAGGUCACGGCCGCCGCGGGGGAGGCCGUGCGCUUCCAGUGCCGCGCGGAGGGCGAGCCGGCGCCCACCGUGGCCUGGGUGACCCCGCAGCACCGCGCGGUGACCGGCACCGGCUCCGGCACCGGCCGGGCGCGCGUGCUGCCGGGGGGCACGCUGGAGAUCCUGGACGCGCGGCCGCAGGACAGCGGCACCUACACGUGCGUGGCCAGCAACGCGGGCGGCAACGACACCUACUUCGCCACGCUGACGGUGCAGCCCGAGCCGGCCGCCAACCGGACCCUGGGCGAGGGCCGCAACGAGACGCUGGCGGCCGCGCGCUUCCCGCUGGACCUCACCACCAUCCUGGUGUCCACGGCCAUGGGCUGCAUCACCUUCCUGGGCGUCGUCCUCUUCUGCUUCCUGCUGCUCUUCGUGUGGAGCCGGGGCCGCGGGCAGCACAAGAACAACUUCUCGGUGGAGUACUCCUUCCGCAAGGUGGAGGGCCCGGCCCCCGGCGCCGGCCAGGGAAGCUCCCGCAAGUUCAACAUGAAGAUGAUCUGAGGGGUCCGGGGCGGCCUCCCCGCGCGGGGCGGGCUCCUCGCUGGCCUGUCCGGUGACACCUAUGCAUUUCCCAGAGGAGUGGCUGCCAGCUGACGCCUGGCAGCACUGCCCUUUUUUUGU